GGCUGAUGUAGUUAGUUAGUGUGUGACUGUAGUUGCACCUUUGUUGUGCAGCAGCUCCACAGUAAUUGUCUGUGUCAAGGUACUUUCAAAGGCAGGAGGGAAAGAUAUGACACGAACUUGUACUAAAAUGUGAUUGAUGGGUCUCAGAGACCCGGUGAGGAACAGGUGCCGCACCACUCAACGAGAAGAAGAGGGUAAAGAUGAAGCAGUAUGUGGUCGCUAGGCCACUCUACUCAGAGGACGCCUUCGCAGACGAACAUGAGAAGAUCCACAGGCACCAUAAGACCAUGCGGCACCAUGUCAAGCAGUAUUUCACUUGUGACCUCAAGCGAGCUAAGAACGCAGCGCUCUCUCUGCUGCCUUUCAUUGGUUGGAUGAGAAUCUACCAGCUGAAGGAAUGGUUUCUGAGUGAUAUUGUAUCUGGGGUCAGCACUGGACUGGUAGCUGUUCUACAAGGCCUGGCAUACUCCCUGCUGGCCUCCCUCCCUCCAUGGUAUGGACUCUUCACUGCCUUCUUCCCAGUGAUCAUCUACUUCUUCCUUGGCACUUCCAGACAUAUCUCAGUAGGGGCGUUCCCUGUUCUGAGCCUCAUGAUGGGUGCAGUGGUGACGAGGCUUGUGCCUGACGAAGGCCCCCCAGUCAACAUCACUGGGUUUGAGGGGCUGACCAGCGACGAGCAGAGAGUAAUGGUGGCCGCCUCUGUCACCUUCCUCAUGGGGAUAAUGCAGCUGGCCAUGGGUCUGCUGCAGGUAGGCUUCAUCGUCAUGUACCUGUCAGACACGCUGGUGUCUGGGUUCACCACCGCGGCUGCCGUCCACAUCCUGGUGUCCCAGCUGAAGUUCGUGUUGGGCCUGGUGGUGCCGGGACUCAGUGGACCACUGGCCAUCGUUUAUACCCUGGAGAAGAUCUUUGUCCAGAUCGAAAAGACCAACGUGUGUGACCUGGUGACGUCCAUACUGAUCAUGGUGGUGGUGUUCAUAGUGAAGGAGAUCAACGAUAGAUACAAAGCCAAGCUGCCUGUUCCCAUCCCCAUAGAGGUUAUAAUGACUGUCAUCGCUUGUGGCGUUUCCUAUGCAUUCAACUUCCGGGUGAAUUAUAAAGUUGAUGUUGUCGGCCGUAUUCCAGUGGGGUAUGAGUCACCUAUGGCCCCGAACAUGCAGAUCUUCGGACAGACUGCUGUUGAGGCGUUCCCUAUGGCCAUAGUGGGCUUUGCUGUAGCCUUCUCUGUCGCCAAGGUCUACUCAGUCAAACACGAUUACAUCAUAGACGGAAAUCAGGAGCUGAUAGCUUUUGGGGCCAGUAACAUCAUUGGAGCAGCCUUUAAGUCGUUUGCAGCAAGCACAGCUCUCUCCAGGAGUGCGGUACAGGAGAGUACAGGUGGUAAAACCCAGAUUGCUGGGCUACUGUCAGCGCUCAUCGUGAUGGUCGUCACCUUGGCUAUUGGGUUUUUAUUGGAGCCACUCCCAAAGUCGGUGCUGGGGGCGGUGGUCAUAGUCAACCUGAAGGGGAUGUUGAUGCAGAUCAGAGAAGUCCCUUACCUGUGGAGGAGAGACCGGCCCGACUGUGUGGUGUGGGUGGUGACCUGCCUGGCUUCCAUCCUGUUGGGGCUGGAUCUGGGUCUGGCUGUAGGUCUAGGGAUCGAGCUGUUCACCGUUGUCUUCAGGGCUCAGUUCCCACGUUGCAGUGUCCUGGCCAAUAUCACAGGAACAGAUAUCUACAAAGACCGCAAGGAUUACAUGAAUAUCUAUGAGCCAGAGGGUGUUAAGAUCUUCAGGAUACCGUCACCCAUCUUCUUCGCCAAUAUAGAUUUUUUCAGAGGCAAGCUGGUGGAAGCUGUGGGCUUUAACCCUUUGAGGGUGUUGAGAAAGAGAAACAAAGCCCUGAGGACGAUCAGGAAACUUCUAAAGAAAGGAGAGCUGCAGAUGACAUCUAAAGGCCUACUGCUCACCAGCUCUGGUCCCAUUGAGGUGUCUGAGGAUGAGAGCAACAUGGAGGAUCUGGACCAGCCCACUGACUUCAAGGACCUUCCUGUCCAGGUGAACUGGAACUCUGAGCUUCCUGCCAACAUCCAAGUCCCCAGAGUAGACGUCCACAGCCUGAUCCUGGACUUCUCAGCCGUCUCCUUCCUCGACAUCUCUGCCCUCAAGGGACUCAAAGCGGCACUCAAAGAGCUCAUUCGGGUUGAAGUUGAGGUCUACAUUGUGGCAUGUGACGAGUACAUCCUGGAGAAACUGCACAGCUGUAAGUUCUUUGACGACGAGGUGAAGUCGUCCAUGUUUUUCCUGACCCUCCACGAUGCCAUGGUGCAUAUCCUGGAGAAACAUCCAGUAAACUCUGAAAACACAAAAGUCUCUGAAAAGGUUAUAACAACAGCCACUAUCCAUGGCAGCCAAUGCAAUGGUGUGUCAAGUUUGCGUAGCAGGGACAAGUUUGUGCAUGUCUCAGAGCCAGAAACCAAGUUCUAGUUCCAGAACUACACUCUUAGAUGUCAGUAUUUUAAGGGUUCUUCGACUGUCCCUUUCCACAGAUGGUUCUACAUGGAACCCAAAGGAGUUCUACCUGGAACCAAAAAGGGUUAUCCUAUUGAGACAGCUGAAGAACCCUUUUGGAACCAUUUUUUUAGGAGUGUAGUGGUGUGUACAGUACUUUCAUUUCCUGGGAUGGCAUGCAUUUCCUGUGAUCGCUGUGCUUUCUGGUGAUAAUUGACAUAAGGACACAUGAUACUGUCCUAAAAUGGACACCAUACAGUAACCAUAUGUAUACAGGAUACCACUUAUUGAGCUAAGAAUUGUACAUAAAAUAUAUUUUAUUUCUUUUGUACUGUUAAACAGAUACUCAAUGGCAAUUUUGAAGAUUUUGAAAGAAAUAUCAGAAAAUGUCAUUCAUAUCAUGUAUUUAUUUUCUAAAAUUGAAUCAGAAGUAUUUUUUUUUUUUAAAUAGCUUGACAAUGUUGCGUUUUAUACGUGUACAUAGGGAUUUUAUAGGAAUGUUUACUUUGUUGUAUUUUAUAUGUAAAAUAAAUGUACUUCAAAGUAUUUCCGCCAGCAAGAAAUGAAGCAACAUGAGCAGUACGGUAUUUGGAAAUCUGAACGUCCUGUAACUGAGAUAUUGAUAAGAAUUAUAGGAUGACUAACGUGGUGUUGAUAUAUUGGUCACAGAUAAAGCCCUGAUAAGAGAUGAAUGAUUAAGUAGAGAUCUUUGACAAACUGUUCUGGGUGAUACAACAGUAAACCUGAUUGAUAAAGUUGGUGGAGGUUAGUAUGGGGUAGUUUCCAGUAUACCCAUGUGUGGCAACACCUCCAUUGAUCAAAAAGAGCACUUUUAUUGUGUUUUAUAAUAGUGAUUAGAGUUGAGGACUGAUGAGUGUCUCAACGUUUACAUACCCUAAAGCCACUGAUCCAUUUGCCUGGUUUGGAUCACACUCUAGAAAUGCCAUUGUGAAUCCUACACAGUAGGUAUAGUUUACAAUUGGCUCAUUCAUCCCCCUCCUCUCCCCUGUAACUAUUCCCCAGGUCGUUGCUGCAAAUGAGAACGUGUUCUCAGUCAACUUACCUGGUAAAAUAACGGUAAAAUAAAUAAAUAAAAAAUACGUCAUAAAGGUAAAAGAAAACUAGAAACAUUUUCAGAUGGGGUGAAUAACUCUACAACAGUGAUGCAGGUUAUGUUUGAUUUGAUUUUGAUUUAUUGGGAUCCCCAUUAAAAAUACAUUACAGACAGAAUACAUGACCAUUUUCAUACAUUUAAAAACAUGAACAUGUAGUGUGUGUAUGUGCAUCAGUUCCACAUACAUGUCAGUACAGUACAUACACGCAACAAGUAGGUCACAUGGGGUUUAACAUUUCACAUUUUGAGAUGAUGCCUCAUUCUUUUGCUAAAGAAAUUAAUCAAUGAAUUCAAAGUUCCAUUUUGUGUCUUGUGGCGUAGAAGCCAUUGUUAGUAAGACGAAGAACUAUAGAGGUACAGCAUAAACUUGGCACAGACCAUGAAGGAAUCAUCAUCCUGAUCUCUGUUAAAUCAAGUCAAAUCAAAUGUUAUUUGUCACAUACACAUGUUUAGCAGAUGUUAAUGCGAGUGUAGUGAAAUGCGACAAUGUAGUAAUAUUACAUUUACAUUACAUUUAAGUCAUUUAGCAGACGCUCUUAUCCAGAGCGACUUACAAAUUGGUGCAUUCACCUUAUGACAUCCAAUAUCUAACAAGAAAUCUAACAAUUCCCCAACAACUACCUAAUACACACAAAUCUAAAGGGGUGAAUGAGAAUAUGUACAUGUAAGUAUAUGGAUGAGCGAUGGCCGAGCGGCAUAGGCAAGGUGCAAUAGAUGGUAUAAAAUACAGUAUAUACAUGUGAUAUGAGUAAUGUAAGAUAUGUAAACAUUAUUAAAGUGGCAUUAUUUAGAAUGCAUUUUAUAAA